UUUGACCCAAAAGUCCAAAACUACUAUGUUUCUUUCUAGUUUUCCACAACUCCAACCCUAAUCUCGUUGCACAUCUCUCUGUCGCCCACCCAUCUCUCUGUCGCCCACCUGCACAUCGCUGCACAUCUCUCUGCCGCCGGCGUCCCUUCCACCGUUCUCUGCCACGCCUCACUGGAAUUUCUCCGGCGCCCUAAUCUCUCGGCAUCAAACUCAAAGAAGCAAGAAUCUGCACCACUGUUAAUCAGUUAUGGCAUCUUCAAGUGCUCUCGAGGGUUCAGGUUCGGGCUCGGUUAGUAUUUCUCAAGCUUCUCAAGAUUGUGAAGUACUAAAACGAAAAUCGAAUGAUGUUGGAUGGGUGUAUGGGAUGUUAAUUGAUGCAAAGAACUUGGACAAAGUCAAAUGUAUUUUAUGUGGAAAAGUUAUGUCUGGAGGAGUUUACAGAAUAAAAGAACACGUAGCACACAUAAUGGGAAAUGUGUCUGCAUGUCCAAAGUCUUCAAAAGAUGAUCAAGCCAAGUGUAGGAAUGCAAUUAAUGAGGGAAAGAUGAAGAAGAGAAACAAGAAAAUUGAAGAGGAAUCUUUAAGAUCAGAUGUGAAUAUUCGAAAAAACAUUGAUGUGGAUGAAUUUCAAGUCUUUUGGGACCAUGAAGCCAUCACGUACCCUUGGUCCUAUGGAUAAGUUUUCAAAUGUGAUUAACCCCGAGACUUCUUUGAACUUAGCAAAGAGCAAGCGGGAACAAAACAUCAAUGAUGCUCUUUUCAAAGAAAGAACAAGUUUGGUUAAAUAAUAUGUUUGUAGAUGGGCAUAUGAAGCUGGUGUUCCUUUUAAUGCUGUUGAUAGAGAUAGCUUUAAGGUGAUGAUGGAGGCGGUUGGUCAAUUUGGGCCAGGAUUUAAACCUCCUACUAGAUAUGAAAUGAGCGAGCCGUAUUUGAAGAAAGAGGUUGACAGGAUCAAAGGCUUACUGAAGACAAAUGAAGAAGAAUGGAAAUUGAAUGGGUGCUCAAUUAUGACAGAUGCUUGGAGUGACAGAAAAAGGAGGUCAAUUAUGAACUUGUGUGUCAAUUCUAGAUUAGGCACCGUUUUUCUUUCCUCUAAAGAAUCUUCAGAUGAAACUCAUACAAGUCAACUAAUUUAUGAGUAUGUAGAGCAAUGCAUUAAAUAGGUUGGUCCAGAAAAUGUUGUUCAAAUAGUAACUGAUAAUGCCUCAAAUAACAUGGGAGCUGCAAAGUUGUUGAAGGAGAAGAGGCCAACAUACUUUUGGACCUCAUGUGCUACUCAUUCUAUAAAUCUUAUGCUUGAAAGCAUUGCAAGUAUACCGAGGUUCAAGAAAGUCAUUGAUCAAGCCAAGGCAUUAACUAUAUUUAUUUAUGCUCACCAUAAGACCUUGGCAUUGAUGAGAUCAUAUACAAAGAAGAGAGAUAUUGUGAGACCAGGGGUGACUAGAUUUGCUUCAGCAUUUCUAACUUUGCAAAGUUUAUCUGAGAAAAAAAGUCAAUUAAGGGCAAUGUUUACUAGCACUGAUUGGGAAGAAUGCAAAUUUUCCAAGAGUGUUAAAGGGAAAACAUCUUACACAACAGUGUUGAGUAUUGGAUUUUGGAUAGGUGUGUCAUUGUGCUUGAAGGUUUUUGCACCUUUGGUGAAGGUGCUUCGAAUUGUUGAUGCGGAUAAGAAACUAUCUAUGGGUUUUGUGUAUGGUGAGCUUCUGCAAGCUAAGAAAGAUAUUAAGAAUGCUCUAAGUAAUGUUCCAAAAAACGAUCAGCAUAUUAUUGAUAUUAUUGAUGCAAAGAUGAAAGAUAGGCUAGAUAGUCCACUGCAUUUGAUGGCUUAUUUGUUGAAUCCUUUUUAUCAUUAUAAGGAUCCGCUUCUUUAUUUGGAUCAAACUGUCUCAAUUGGGGUCAUUGAUUGUAUGGAUGUUAUCUUUUUGGGGGAUAUUGAUAUGCAAAAUAUCAUUUUGAGUGAGGAGUUACCCAUGUAUAAGAAAAAGGAGUCUAUCUUUGGGAAACCCAUUGCAGUAAAAGCAUGUUUAUUGAAUGAUGACAAGUUUGAUCCAGCAAAUUGGUGGUCUACUUUUGGUGCAUUGACUCCUAACUUGCAGAAAAUUGCUAUGAAGAUCCUCUCUUUAACUACUAGUUCAUCGGGGUGUGAAAGAAAUUGGAGUACAUUUGAAGGGGUGCAUACAAAGAAAAGGAAUAGACUAGAUACACAUCGAUUAAAUAAUCUAGUCUUUGUUCAAUUCAAUGCAAAACUGAUGAACAAGAAAAAUAGGGAGAAAGAGAGGAAUAUUGAGGUUCUUCUAGCAAGUGAUGCAAGUUCUGCACAAGAUUGGAUUGUUGAUGGGGCUGAUGAUGAAGUUGAACACGACACGGGCAUGACUUGGAAAGUUGUUAGUGAUGCUAUGGGAGCAUAUGAAGCGCUUAGGCCUAGAAGAAGUAGUAGACUUAGAGAAUUUGAUGAGGAUGACUUUCAAUCCGAGAGUGAGGAAGAAGUGAGUGUGUAUGAGUUUGAUUUUGAAUCAGACGAAGAGCAUGUUAUAGAAGAAUAUGGAGAAGGAGAGGAAUUUUCCUAAGGAUUUGUAGUACAAACUGAUGUUAUGAUUGUUACCUUUGUAGUAUGUACUUUGUAGUUUGUAGUUUGUACUAGACUACUAGUUUGUUUCCAUGUUUUUUUUCCUUUGAAGUUGGAACUUUGAAUACUUUGAUGCUAUUUGCUAUUUAGCUUAGGCUACUUGAUGUUCAUUUUGGUAUCACUUGCUAGUUGUUACUUGUUUUGAAUUUUGGUA